GAGGAGGAGGAGGAGGAGCAGCCGGCAGCGCUCCCGGCUCGGGCACAGCAGGUGGAGCGGCCGCCGGACAUGGAGGGGCUGAGCCAGCGCUGCCCGCUGCCCCCCGCCUGCCAGGGCUGCCCCCGGCCCGGCCGCGGCACCGUGCUGCUGGUGCUGGGGCUGCUGGUGCUCACGUACCCCCUGCUCUGGGGCCUGGCUCUGCAGCUGCACUCGGCUGUCACCGGCACCUACGUCCCAGGGACAAACUCCAUCGCCUUCGUCAGCUGCCUCAACGAGCAGAUCGCCAGGGACAUCGCCAGGGCCAUCAUGGAUAAGAGACUGGCUGCUUACGUGAACAUCCUGCCCCAGAGCUCGGCCUUGUAUUUCUGGAAAGGGGAACUGGAAGAAUCCACUGAAAUACUGCUGCUGGUGAAAACAAGGACGUCCAAAAUAGGGGAAUUGUCCAACUACGUCAGAUCCAUCCAUCCCUUUGAGAUGCCCGAAAUCAUCAGCCUGCCCAUUGAGCAAGGGAACCCUGUCUACCUCAAAUGGAUAGAGGAGAACGUCCCACGGGACUGAGUGCUGCUCGUUUUUGGGGAGCCGGGACCCUCUGGGGUGUGCUGGGAGCCCGGAGUUUGGGGUGGGGACCCUCCUCUCCUCGGGCUGAGCUGGGGAGGGCCGCCAGCACCGAACUGUGGAUGAGGACGGGCGGAGAUGUCCCUGUCAGGACAGUCGGGAUGUGCCCGGGCACCCGGCCGUGCCACCCCCGCCUGCUCUGCUGGAGCCCCGCAGAGCCCCGGCAAGCAGCAGAGCCCUCAAUAACACUGCAAGGAUUUAAAUCCCCCUGCCACGGAGAGCUGGGAUGGGCUGGGCAGGAGCCACGGCUCCAGCAGGACCACGGCACUGCCCUGUCACCUACCCCCACCCCAGAUGUGGCUUUGUGCCUGAGCCGAGCUGAGCUUUGUAAAAAGAUCCUCGUGUUAAUGGUUUCUGGGACAUCAUUCAGGGAAUGUUUUCGGGUUAUUUAUGUGACUGGGAAGGGAAUAAACAGUAGUUGCUUA